AUGGAGGCUCUUGUCAAGGCACUCUCAGAUUGCACCCCUUCAUUCAUAACGAUCCCAAGGCACAAGAAGGGAAAUGCCUGUGGGUAUGCCUUCCUCGAGUUCAACUCGAUAAAGCUCGCGCAAAAAGUCCACAGCGAUUUCAACUCGAAACGAGCAAUGUCGACAGCGUUUUUGCUUACAAGUAAUCGCCGAAAACUCUUCCAAAACAAAAUGCGCGAAAAACAGUCGAGUAUCUUGGAAGAAGACAUUCCGAUCCCUCCUCCUUGUUUGAGAUUUCUCCCAGAGGAUGAAAGGCUUCGCCGGAAACCAAGAACUCCCUUGGUAGAGGUACAGUCAAAUAACCUUCAACGAGAUGACGCGAAAAAUACAGCUGAAUUGCCAAAAACCCAGACUGAAAAGCAGAUGAGUAUAGAUGAAAAUUAUGUAGAUAUUCAACUUACUGACCAGCCGGAAAUUCCGACUGAUCGAGUCUCCCGUAAAAGGAGAAGAAGUCCGAGCUCACAAGACUUGAUUGACGGACUUGAGUGUCAUCCGGUAAAGGAACUGAAAAUCGACCCAGAUUCGAUUGAAGUGCAAGCAGAACCCGCAGAAGAGCAUGAACUUAUUAUCCAGGAAUCGAAAGAAACUCAAGAUGCCGUCGAGCCCAGUGAACCCACUCGGCCCAUCUCGUUGUUUUUACGAGCAAGGCGAAAUUCAUUUCCCCCACUGUUCGGCUGUUACGCUCAUCAUGGACUGACCUAUUGGGCUCCUGAACUUUACGCGUUUGAACAAGGAACGGUUUCGUCGAACCCGCCUGCCAUAUCCAACGGCCUGCAUCAAGACGUCUUGAUUCCACCACAAAAUGGAGGAUCAGCGACUAAGUUGUCACAGCCUGAGCGCGAGCUUAUCUCUACAGGCACCCAAACCGAAUCAAGUUCUAUCAACGAGCGCGUGGAGCAUUUGCUGAAGUAUGGGCGAAGUCAAGCAGAACAACUCAAAUCGAGAAAGCGCAAGAUCCCUUCGACAAUCAGCGUCGUUCCGGCGAAGAAAAGACGGCGGAAAAGCCGCAUUCGACGGAGAAACAAAGGAGUAUCAAAACCUAUCAAUACACGAAAUCGAAGAUCAAUGUCGAAUUUGAUCAUUCCUUCCUGGGGAGGGAAUCGAUUCAAGGCGUACCUGGGCUCCGAGUGGCAAAAGAUGAAGCGAGAGUACAAGCAGAUGCAGAAGUCGAACAUGGGCAGACUCAAGCAGAGACUGAAGGACGACACUUUUCGAUUCAUGGGCGCAGCUUUGAGAAAACAUAUCAAGCACGAUGAAGUUUGCAAGGGCUUAUCCGACGACGAGGAUGAAGACGACCAGUCAGCGACGGAGAAUGAAAUGGACUUCAAUAGCACUUAUCCAGUUCUGCGAGUUCACGAUCCACGUGGCGCUCGGCGAAAGGGGGAUGCUCCUACAUACCGACCGGGCGUCAUUGUUAAAAUAACUUCGGAUGGAGCAUUAUCAACGCAUGAGCGUAUACGCGCCAGGUUCGACGAGUACGGAAAUGUCGCCUACGUCGAUGUCAAGCCUGGAUCAAAUGUUGGAUACGUCCGUUUUAGCAAUCAAUCUGGAGCUCAAAAAGCCAUCGAGCUUGAAGGCAUGUUCAAGCUUGAACUGCUCACGGGACGAGAAGAAGAUAAUUACUGGGAGGACCUACUUCAAAAGCGAGAAACAAAGCGAAGUUCAAAGCGUAAGAAAACGCGCGGCGUCGACCGGCUCGCCAGAAGAGCUGCAAAGCAAAAGAAGAAAGAGCGAAAACUCCACAUACUUUUUGACGUCGAUAUGGAAGACGAGAAUGACUUUUGA